CGUUGUUACGGAAGUGAUUUUCGGCAUUACAUUACCAGUUGUUUUUGUCACCAUAAAUAAUUAACAGAGAUUUUCCCAAUUCUUUUAUAGAGUGAAUCUGGAAUUGCAAGAAAGCAAGAAAGAAAUAAAGAAAUAAAGAGAGAUUUUACGCCAUGGUUGAAGGAAAUGGGUGUUGCAAGCUUGCAGGACCAGGAUAUGGUACUCCAUUGGAAGCCAUGUCUGGUCCUAGAGAAGCUCUUAUUUAUGUUACUUGUGUUUAUACUGGAACUGGAAGAGAGAAGCCUGAUUUCCUUGCCACAGUCGAUGUAGAUCCGAACUCACCUACAUAUUCUAAAGUUAUACACAGGCUACCUGUGCCGUAUAUCGGUGACGAACUCCAUCACUCUGGAUGGAACGCUUGCAGCUCCUGCCAUGGUGAUCCGUUAGCUGAUCGGCGUUUCCUAAUCCUGCCUUCAUUGGUAUCCGGCCGUAUCUAUGUGGUUGACACAAAGACAAAUCCCAAGGCUCCCUCAUUGCAUAAAGUGGUUCAGCCUGACGAUAUUGUUAAGAAGACAAGCCUAGCAUAUCCGCACACCUCCCACUGCCUUGCCUCCGGUGAUGUAAUGGUGUCAUGUCUCGGAGACAAAGAUGGAAAUGCUAAAGGAAAUGGAUUUCUUCUCCUUGAUUCCCAGUUUAACGUAAAGGGAAGGUGGGAGAAACCAGGGCAUAGUCCUUCCUUCGGCUAUGACUUUUGGUACCAACCUCGACAUAAAACAAUGAUCAGCUCAUCUUGGGGUGCUCCUGCAGCCUUCACCAAAGGUUUCAACCUUCAGCAUGUAGCAGAUGGUCUAUACGGUAGACAUUUGUUUGUGUACAGUUGGCCUGAUGGCGAAUUGAAGCAAACAAUGGAUCUUGGAAACACUGGUCUCGUACCCUUAGAGAUAAGAUUCCUACAUGAUCCCUCCAAAGAUACAGGGUAUGUGGGGUGUGCCUUGUCAAGUAACAUGGUCCGGUUUUUCAAAACCCAAGAUGGUUCAUGGAAUCACGAGGUGGCAAUCUCAGUGCAACCAUUGAAGGUACAAAACUGGAUUCUUCCUGAAAUGCCUGGGCUAAUUACAGACUUUCUAAUCUCUCUUGAUGAUCGGUUUUUGUAUUUCGUCAACUGGCUUCAUGGGGAUGUCCGACAAUAUAAUAUCGAGGACCCUAAGAAUCCGGUCUUGGCUGGUCAAGUGUGGGUUGGUGGACUGGUUCAAAAGGGAAGCCCUAUAGUGGCUGUUACUGAAGAUGGCCAAACAUGGCAGUCCAAUGUUCCUGAGAUCCAGGAACGUAGUCUGAGAGGGGGACCGCAGAUGAUCCAGUUGAGCUUAGAUGGGAAACGCCUAUACGUAACGAACUCACUGUUCAGCACAUGGGAUCGACAGUUCUAUCCUGAACUCAUGGAGAAGGGUUCCCACAUGUUGCAGAUCGAUGUUGACACCGAGAAAGGAGGUCUUAAGAUAAACCCCAACUUUUUCGUGGACUUCGGAGCAGAACCAGAUGGUCCCUCCCUCGCACAUGAGAUGAGAUAUCCAGGUGGUGACUGCACUUCCGAUAUUUGGAUUUAAAGCAUGCAAAUCCAGUCCCUUUUAACGUAGUAGUAGGACAAUAAAUAAAUGCAGUUUCUCUGAAAACAUGUCAAGGCAGGGGAUUGAUCUUGAAUGAUAUACUGCAAGUGUUAAUCAAUUGUAUAUCAGCAGAUCAAUUUGCCGUCAUGAACAAUUGAAAUAAGUGAAUAAAGGGUCCAAAUUGCAUUGACUACUC